AUGCUAGCCGGUCAGGCGCCCAAGGCCAUUGCGAUCAUGUGGGUGAUGGUGUUCAUUUCCUUCAUUUUCGUGCCUCUACGGCUCUACACCCGGAUCUUCGUCCUCAAGGCGUUGGGGCUGGACGAUCAUGUGUUCAACUUGGGUUGGGUGUGUCUCCUGCUGUAUACCAUUUUCACCACCAUUGCCGGGAAGCAUGGAUUUGGACAGCCCAUUACCAACCUGGAGAUGGAUGAAGCAGUCCAAGCCGUUUACAUGGAGAUGGUUGGACAGACAUUUGCGGUGCUGGGGAUGGCCAUUGCAAAGCUUUCUUUGGGGAUCUUCCUCCUCCGGAUCGUCGUGAAAAGAUGGCAUCGAGUCUCCAUUUGGAUUUCGAUGGUCAGCCUGUCGCUUGUCUCGGUGUUGACCGCGAUCAUCUUCUGGACCCAGCGCCUUCCAUCCAACUCAAUUUACGAUCCGCGCGUGCCCGGGCGUACUGUCGUCUCCGUGACUCCCUUCUCUGUAUUACUCGGCUCAUGGUGUGCCGCUGUCGACUUCUACUUCGCCAUUCUCCCGUGGAUCUUCAUUUGGGAGCUGAAUAUGAAAUUCAAGGAGAAGAUGACGAUCGCGAUCAGUUUAAGCCUUGGAUUCAUAGCCGGCAUCUGCGGGAUUAUUCGUACCAUUGAUUUGGGCGGGUUAUCGAGUGCCAACUACACCGAGGACACGGUUCCCUUGAUCAUCUGGUCGGCGGUCGAGCUCGCGGCGACGCUCAUCUGCGUAGGCAUUCCCACCGUCCGUCCCCUUUACCGUCGCAUUGUGCACGGAUCCAGUGCGAAAGAAUCCCACGAAGGCUACAAACAACAGGAUGAAAGGAGCAGUGGCAGUGGUAGUGGUAACCGGGGCAAACCCACCUUUUCGAUGCCCAUGAGGAAUUUCGCUCGGGCCGGUCGUAAGGACGAGUUAUUGACCACGAUCACCAGUACCGUCGCUAUGCCUGAGCCUGAGGAACAUCAUGGCCAGACCGGGCAACAGGACGAAGAGGCUCUCGUGGCCAGUGCUCAGCAAGAGAAUUCGCAAUAUCUGGAUCGUAUUCGCAUUCAGCAGGAGGUGCAUGUCGACAGGAAUUAG